CUCCACAACGUCGCUGUCUCCGCCGAAUAUCAUUUCCAUUUUUAAUUAUCUUCCCCCCUCCUCGCUGAGCACCAUGAUUUGCCUCAGAGCCGCACUCCCCUUCGCCUGCUCCCCUCUCCGCCUCAACUACCCCGCCUCGUCCCGCGCCGCCGCCGCCUUCCGCGUCGCCGCCAUGUCCUCGUCCUACUCCCCCGCUGUGGCUACGCCGAUCGAGCACAUCGUGCUCAUCAAGGUCCGCCCCGAGGCCGCGGCGUCGGGCGCCGCGGCGGCGAUGGUCUCCUCGCUGCAGGCGCUGUCCACGGCAGUCCCCGGCCUGUCGUACAUCCACGUCGGCCCCGUGCUCCGCCUCCGGUCACCGGCCGCGGAGGCGCUGGGGCCGACCCACAUCCUCCACUCCCGCUAUGCCACCAAGCCCGACCUGGCCGCCUACGCGGUCCACCCGGCGCACGUCGCCGCCGUGCAGGGGCACGUGCUCCCCAACGCACUCGACACCACCGCCAUCGACUGGGUCAACGCCGCGCGCGCGCCGUCCCCCGUCUCCCCCGGCUCCGCGGUGCGGCUCACCCUGGCGAAGGUCAAGGAAGGCGUCGAGGUGCCCCAGCUCGUGGAGAAGGUGGCCGCGGCGACGGCGGCGGCCGGGGAGGCGAAGGGCGCCAAGGUGAGCUUCGGGGAGAACUUCUCCCCCGCGCGGGCCAAGGGUUUCCAGUUCGGGAUGGUGGCGGUGUUCGACAGCCUGGAGGAGCUGGACGCGGUGGAGGGGGACAGGAAGGUGGAGGAAGCCAAGGCGGCGAUCAGGCCGCUGCUCGACGAGGUGCUGGUGCUGGACUUCGUCGUCGGGCCUGCUUCCGCGGAGGCUCCGGCGCCGGCCAACCUCUGAGAGGUUUGCCUUUGUUGAAUACUCUAGUUGUUGCCUUGUUCGACCGAUUGAGAAUAAUGCAAUCCCUGUGAUUGGGUGUGCUGUGGUCUGUGAUUAGCAAUGGCAAUUGAUUUUGGCAUGAAUAAGAGUUGUACCUUACU